AAAGCAAGCGGCGUUUUGGAUCCUGUUGCCUUGCCGGUGUGAAUUUUACGUGUGGAAAAUGUAUUUAAACGAUUAUUUGAACAAAUUAAUGCGCGUAUGGAACGCCCAGGAGGGACUGGCGGUGGCGCGCUUCGUUUCGCUGCAAGACCAUCACGUGAAGAACCCGAACCUGUACAAGGAGUACCCGGAGGAUGCCGUGUGUCGGACCGUGCCGGAACCGCUCGACGAGAUCGUGUACACGCAUCUGCGGGUCGUUUACCAGCUGAAAUGUGCCAAUCCGCCGGACUACAAUGAAGCGUACCGGCACCAGACGAGCUGCAUCCAGGCGGUGGUGAAACUACUGCAGCACAUGAAGGAAGAGAACUGGAUCCUGCCGAUCAUGUACGUGGUUGCGAUCGAUUUGCGCCUGCUGGCGACCAAGUGUGAACAGCAGGCACGCAGCUCGAAGGCUGGCAAGAUCCUCGAGAAGGCGGCGGAAAGUCUCCUGUCAUGUUUCCGGGUGUGUGCCGGCGAUACGCGCUCAGCUGAUGAGGACACCAAGCGACUCGGAAUGCUGCACAUCGUGAACCAGUUGCUGAAGGUGUACUUUCGCAUCAACAAGCUACACCUCUGCAAACCAUUGAUACGGGCGAUCGAUAGCUCGAACUUUCGCGAUGCCUUCAGCCUGGCGCAACGCAUCACCUUCAAGUACUUUGCGGGCCGGAAAGCGAUGUACGAUUCGGACUUUGGUAAUGCGGACGAGCUGCUGAGCUUCGCGUUCAACCACUGCCCAGCUCGAUUCACCAAGAACAAACGAUUAAUACUGACCUACCUCGCCCCGGUAAAGAUGCUGCUGGGUUACAUGCCCCGCAAGGAGGUGCUCGAGCGCUACAAUGUGCCCCAGUUUCACGAUCUGGCGGCCGCCGUCCGCGAAGGGAACGUAAGGCGGUUCGAUGACACGAUAGCACGCCACGAACUGUUCUUCAUCAGUGCCGGUAUCUAUCUGAUCGUGCAGAAGCUAAAGAUACUGACCUAUCGGAACCUAUGCCGGAAGGUGCACCUGCUGCUUGGUGUACAUCAGAUCGAUAUGGAAGCGUUCGAGACGGCGUUGCGCUUUUCCGGUAUCGAGGACAUUACGAUCGAGGAGACGCACUGUAUCGUGGCGAAUCUUAUCUACGAUGGACGGAUCAAGGGUUACAUUAGCUUCCAGCACAACAAGCUGGUGCUGUCGAAACAGAACCCGUUCCCGCUCGUUUCUGGGACAUAAGUGGCCGGUGUCGUACUGCAUUUACUUUUAAGGCAAGAUAAGCUGAUACUGGCGGUAGGAGAAAUAAAGCAAACAUCUGCAUGCUCAUU